GCUCAUGUGAACAAGCUCAUUUGACAAGUAUGUGCAACGACACCACCAACACCACCAACACCACCAACACCACCAACACCACCAACAUCACCAACUCUAAUUGCAAGGUGGAGCCCCUUCAGGGUGUGGGUUACAGUGUUGUGUUCCUCCUGGGUUUCCUUGUCAAUGCUUCGGCUCUGCGUGUCUUCAUCGCCAAACGGCACUUCUGGACAGACACCCACGUCUACAUGUUCAACCUGGCCAUAGCUGAUUCUGCCCUCAUCCUCUUCCUUCCAUUUAGGGUCUGGGAUGCCUUCUUCUGUCUGCCCAGGACUGUCCUGUGUACUGUCCUCAUUUUCAUACAUUUCAUCAACAUGUACGCCAGCAUCAUGACCACAACGGCCAUCAGUGUCCAACGUUACCUUCUUAUAAGUUUCCCACUGCAGGCCAGGUCAUGGAGGAAGAGGAAAGAGAUAGCCUUUGCUGUGUGUUUGGUCUUAUGGGGACUUCUUGUGACAGUAUGUGCUGUAUUUCGAUAGGACAAUUACCCUCCAAAACUCUGGACCUGUUAUGAAAGAUGUAAAAAUUUACCACUUAAACCAGAAUUUCUAGUCAUUCUGUUACUUCUAGGCUUCCUCACUCCACUGUUGAUCAUCGUCUUCUGUUCC